AUGGGUAAGGAAAUCGAUCCGGCCGACAUAGGCAAACACGCCGACUUGAUCAAGAAGGCACAAUCGGACAUCGUCUACUCGGAUGUGCUCGUGUGUGGCCGCUGCCACACCGUCUUCCAUCUGGUGGAGCUGUUUCAAGAGCACAAAGAGAAUGAACCGGAAUGCCGGCGUGCAACGAACACGCUCCACCAGUGCGAUGAGGCGCAGGCCAAGGUGUGGGCCUUUCUGCUGUGGAAAUCGGCCCAACGUAACGCCAUCAGCAACGAAGGCGACAAAUCCGGCGGGAACAACUCGUGGAAGCUGUACCAGUCGUGGGUAAAGCUGGACGAAUCUGUGCGAGAUACGUGGAUCGUUGCCGGAAAAACGAUACAAUCCUUCACCAGGAUCGGCAGUGGCAAUCUGCAGGAGAUGCCGGUGAAAAUCACCAAAACUAUUCUGGAAACGGACUCAGGCAGAGCAUCCGGUGCAGCAAAUGCGGCAAAUCGGACCACACUGCAGGGCCGCAAACCGGGUGAUUUAAAGCCGCCGGUGAGCGGGCUUGGAUCGCCUGACGCGAAGCGUGCCACACCAGCAGGUGGCUUAGUCGGAGUACCCGGCAGAAAACCGGACCCAACCAACGCUGUCCUAAAGCCGCCUGUCACCAAACGUGCGUUCGCCAAGCGCACCUCUCCGAAGACGGGCGAAACCGUGGAGGAGGAAGUGGAGAAAAUCUUGGCCAAGCGCUUCAGCCCGGUAAUCAAGAUGCACGAGUAUCUUGUGAAGUGGAGUAAAAUGGGAAACGACCAAAACACGUGGGAGCCGCUUACGCACCUUCAUUCCUGCCAGAGUAUUCUCGAAUACUUCGAAGUGCAGCUGGCCAAACAAAAGGAGCAACGGGCGGCCACGGCAGCCCGCACCUUACAGCAGCAGCAGCAAAAUAAGGCGAAAACGGUCGGGACGCCUACGACGGCUGCGGCAUCGAAUACGGCCACGUUGGCGGCGGGUGUGACAAGAAGUCCGCUGUCACCGCAGCGUCCGGGACGCUUUUCUAAAACCAGCGCUCUCGAUCGGGUGAAAAUGUGGACCUCCGGAAACCGAUCACCGGGCGAUUCGGCUGACGGUGGUGGCGACGAUUCGGUUGGUAUCAAGCGCAAGCUGGAGGACACCGAUACCGACCACACCGGUGCCGACUCCACAGCGGACGGUUCGGGAAAGAGGGCCAAAACGGAACCGCACAUGGCCAUCAGCGAAGCUCUUAGCAAGGUUAGCCAGACUGGGAACGUGAAAAUUUUACCAGUGUCGGCUGCGGGCAGCAAAUCGUCGCCUUCCGGGGCCACGGUAAACGGUGCCGGGACAGGUGACGGUUCGCAGAAGACUGCGGACGCGGCCGAAGUGUUGAUUAUCAAGUCACCUCGCGAUAGUUCCGUUUCGAGUGGUAUCACUCGGAAACCGGGCGUUCAGUCCUCCGGAACAUCGCCACGAGGCGAAGCGAAGGUGAAGAUCGUGAACCGGUCAGAACCGGUAGCGCACGGAAUAUUCAAAGUGGGUACCGAUGCGGGAGCCGGUACGGCGCUGACUUCGCCACAUGUGGUCACUACUAGCGUGGCAGCUCCGGCGGCGGCGACACGCCCGGGACCUAUCGUCACCAACACGCCCAACUCCGUGGUGAGCGGUGACGUGACGACACGCUUCGUUCGCCGCAAUGUCGACGGAACGCAGCAACUGGUCAAGCAAACCAUUCGCAAAGCGACAAAGUUUGUUUCGAGCACACCGACCGCCCAACGGCCCGGCGGCGCGGUUGCCACCCGUGUUGUCGGUAGCGCGGUUGCCACACAACAGAAAACUGUCCCGUCGGUGACGACGUCGGUCGCUGGGGUGCAACAGCGGACAUCAACUUCACCACGGGUGGCCACCACCGGAACACCGGCCGCACGGGUUGGCGUGAAGGGUAACGCCGUCGGGGCAGGUGUUAUGCGAACGGCCAUAUCCACGACGCCGACGGUGUCGGCGGUUCCGGGCGCUUCCUCUGAGCAAAAGAUAAACGCCCUCCGCAAGCAGGGUCUGAAUGUGGUCAAGCGGUCCGUACCGGUCGGUAGUCCGGCAACGAAAAAAGUAACAGCUGGUAUGGCCACCAAGGCGGAAGAGGAUGAUGAAGCGCUAGGCGACGGAUUCCCGUCCAACCUGUCGCUACCAGCACCGCCGAGUCCGCCGCGUGCCCUAACCCUUUGCCCGGUGACCGGCAAAGUGUUGGGACAGGCGGAAGGCGAACCGACACCGGUUCCGAGCCCCGAGGAAACCGAAUCUGGCACACCGACCGACGAUAAAUCUGGCACCAGUCAUCAGAAAACGGAAUCGGGCGGGCUUGCCGAGCAGCAGCACCAGUUGACGGACCCGCAGACGGAGGUGCACCAGUUGCUGACCAACGAAGACGGCUCGCCGAUCAUCGUGGCCGGUGAGGACGGAACUCUGUACCAGGUGGCGGGCAAGAAUGCCGAGGGCCAAACGAUUUUGAUUGCGCAAGGUGCGGACGGUGAGCAGAGCUGUGUGCUGAUGGCGGCGCAGGAAGGAGAAGAUGAUAUCACGAAUGGCGCCGCGUCGGGGGUUCUCACGCUCGAUGCAGCGGUGUCCGAGGCGGUAGCUCAGGUAUCGCAAGAGGGUCAACAGUUGAGCGAGGAUCAGGUGGUACAGUUCCAGCAAGUAAGUGGCACCCCCAAUCAACAGCUAACGAUACAAACGGAGGACUCCCAAGAUGGUCAAAUAACGGCCGAAAUCGUGCAAGCGGGUCAACCCUCGCCCGGUGGUACGCGUCAAGUCGUGCUGAUGCUUCCCAAUGGCUCGUUCAUGAUGACGGAGGUAACCGAAGAGCAGUAUCAAUCACUGAACUUAAACAACCCCACAGAAGAAUAGACUUCAGUGAAUUGCGCUUAAGUCAUCUUCAUUCGUUACUUGUGUCGGUUUAUCUUUUUUGUCUUCAAUCAUUCGUUUCUCUAGAUUUCUAGGCGUAAGAGUAUGCGUGUGUAUUGUGUAUUUUUAAUUUUUUUAAUCAUUUCAUGUUACAACGGCACUAUACCGUCUAGUGUAAAAAUAUGUUCUAAGAAGUAACAGUAACUUUGCUAUUCUACCAGACAGGUUUCCGGACGUAACUGCCCGCUGCCAGAGUAACAUUAGUUUGCGAAGAGUAGGAUUUAAAAAAAACGAUUUUGACUUCAGACUGCCCGUUGUAGGGACACCUUUUCUCGUACGUUUGUCGCUUACCGAUUGCUGCCGUUAAGCAAUCAUCUUACUAAUAUAAACUAAACGCUCAGCAGCGUUAGCCUCAGAAGCAAAGACAUUGUCAUGGAGACAACUAUAUUUAGAAGGCGAUUCGUCUACUUCGGUAUAAUAUCCAAUUGAUGCACUAAUUUAAGUUCCCGUUAGGAUGUACCGAGUUCGGAA